CGUCCUUGAAUUAAGCAAUAUGGUUUUGCUCUUUGCGAUGGUGGUAACUCUUUUAUUUCAUUCCAUACGGCAAUACAAGAUCAUCUCCAGUGUGUAUUCAAAGAUACUGUCUCGGUCGAAUCUUGCUUGGCUGAUAUGUGAGCGCCUAUGUUUUGCCGAGGUAUACUUUUGUGCCGUCAUCUCUUAGGGUUGGCGUGUUACUUGUUCGAUAUAGACCCAUCUCUUUGACGGAAUCUAUCCGAUAAUAGGAGGUCGAAACACUGAAAGGGCCGAGAGGCUCUCCAGGGAAGGUUCUACGUUGACAGUCGAAUGAUUCGGUCGUUCUUCGCUAGCAUUUAACAGAUCUACCUGCGAAUGCAACACUGCUUCUGCCCCUAAUAUCGCUGCUGCUCCAGCAGCGUUGUUGAAGGGCGCCAUAACAGUAGUUCAUGGGUCCUUUCGACUGAGACCUUCCUCUUGCUCUAGCUAGUCUGCGCCCCUUAGCAAUGGCAUGCCGCUCGUGUGUUUUCUUGCGGCCAGCGCCAUCGUCACAUAACUGCUGGUUUAGGAUAGCUGUGCUUGCCUGCUCGUCGUAGUGGAAACGAUCGUAUCUGUCGGUCGACUUUUUAUGUUAGCUGUUAAUUAAAGGUCAAAAAUGCCCUUCAAAUUGCCAGAGCCUUUACGUGAGCCGCCAGGCGCAUUGCUCGGUGGCCUGCGAGAGUCCUUAAUAGCCUCGUUAUCCUUCUCUAUGGAGGACGAUGACUCGAACUUCAUCGAUGUUGUCGACUAUCUUUUAUCUCCUGAUAAGGAUGGUUGUGUAAGCGACAGGGUUAUACAAAAAUACCUUACGCUCAAUCCCCAAGCAAAAGAGCAUUUAGUCGAAAUGCUCAAGCAGCUAGCCACGACGAACGUUGAAGAUCAUCGUUUUGAGGAUGCGAUUGAACCGCAAGCAGACAGCUGCACACACCACACUUCGGAGCACACAGAAGCGCGCAUCGACAAGGAUUUAAAGCAGCGUGCAUCGCGAAUCGGCUAUGUGCGAGUCGUCGGAGCCACUCCAAGAGCACUUCAGUUGUUGCAGGUGUCAAAUCGAGUCGUUGAAGGCGUGUCCAUCCUUAGUAAUGUACCACGCUAUAACGAAGAUAGCGAUUAUGAUGAUUUGCCCAUUAUAUCCAAUGUCUACGACGAGGUACUGAAAGCUGCGGAGGAUUUCGAGAAUAAUGGUGGAAUCCAGGUCACUGAGAACGAGCCUGCUGCAGGCGGAUGUAAAAAGAAAAGGAGGAAGAAAAGGAAAAACAACAAUAAGAAAAGGUCGCCUGAUCCCGAAGUUGAGCUAGAAAUUGAAUUAGAAGAGUCGGAAGAAGCUGAUGUCUAUCGUGAGAUGUAUCGUAUCGACGAAACCCUCGAGUUGUUUAGAAAGCCAUUGCAGCUGCCUGCUCCAAGCUUGAAGCAGCAACAAUUGUCUGUCUGUGAACGCUUGGGUGUAAGUCAGCAACAACACUCAAGGCUAAACGAAAAGGUUCAGGUUCAAGCAGAUAGUUUAAACACAAUCGCUUCAUACACUGCGGGUUUGAGUUCGGGCAUUGCUGCUGCAAACGCCCUUAAAUCGGAGGCGUUAUUUGACAAAGAGUUUAAAUUUAAGAGCGUCGGUCAACAAGAUACGAAGGUGGCGACAUGGGAUGAACUCAAAUGCCUCGUUUCAGAAGUGUUUCCCCAUGACUCGGAACUUAAAAAGGCAUUGGAUAACAAAUCGCAGAACUCAUUUGAGUUGUGGAAGUUCGUCGUGAAGUAUGGAAAAAUGUACAAGGACUUCGUUAGUGAGGUCCUUGAAAUGGUGAACGAGCUUAAAAAGGGACUUCACGAAGCGAUGGAUAUGCAGCGUGAGAAAACAACAGAAAUUCUCGAAUCUCACAAAAAGGAAAUGUGCAUCGUCGUCGAAAAGGCUCGUAUCGCUGAGGGCAAAAUUGAUUUGUUGGAAAAGGAGCUCGAUAGAAAUAAAAAACUUCUUGACGAUCAAAAAGUGAAGAUUUUUGGGCAAGACGAAGAGCUUGAAAAAUUACGAAAGGAGCACAUAACAAAGGAUAAGAAAAUCAAAGACUUUCAUAAUGUAAAAAAGUCGCUUAUUGUAGAGAAGAGCAAAGCCAAAGAUGAUGUGAAAAAGGUUACCGAAGAGAUGCGAGAAUUAAAAAGCGAAUUAGAAAAAGAAAGAAAAUUAAAUGAAACUCUCCGUGCCAAAGUCCGACGAGAGACAGAUCGUGUCGAGGACUUGGAAUAUAAAUUGCGCGAGUUGGAAAAUCAGCAUUACGACGACCAGACAGAGAUGGAAAAUUUACAAGAACGUAAUAACGUUCUUACAUAUAAGGUUGACGAUCUCCUUAAGGAGAUAUCCUACCUUAAAGAAAAGUUGGCUAAACCGGAAUCUUCAGUUCAACGAACAAAGCCUGUAGUGGCCACACAGGCGGAAAUUAGACAGCAGUUAAACCGAAGUCCUGCUUCAGAAGAAGUGAACAGUUGCUCAUCGUCCGGUAUCUUUACAGAAUCGUCAUCGUCUUCCUCGCUAGGAAGUAAAACAUCCUUUUCUGGAACGAAUUCAACUGUCGAAAGUCCUAAGGGCUGUUCACCUGUGCCGAACGGAGCGCCACGUGGUCACUGUACGAUAUUCAGAAACGAGCUUCAUUCAUUACUGGAUCCGGAGACUAGUAAUAGUGCGCUUUUAGCGCCCGAUUCUCGCGAUGAUGUUUUCGAUAAUACGAAUGUCGCAGAUUCUCGUGGUAACUUUUCUCGCACAAUUCGCAAGGGUGAUAAUGUACAAAUUCAGCGCGGAGUGAACCCACAAGACCAUGGAACUCGUGCAGACUUUUCUUCACCACCCUUUCGACCCGGGCAUCCUCAAGACGAUGUUAAUCUCUCACCAGGAUAUAAUCCGUGGGGACCGUCAAGUUUCGCUGGCUUCUCGAGUACAUCUUUAUUAGGUCGAAACGACGGGUGUUCAUCGUUAUUUAAUAUUUUGUCCUCUAACUCGGAUGGGCUGCCUGAGGGACGUACUAAUUUGACCUCCGCCCCUCCUGGAUUAGAAGGGAUAAAUGUUAGUUCAGGGUGUAGCCAAAGUGUCGGAAUGGCCAGCCCUCUUGAUAUUGACUUCAACAAUAAUCUGAGCAACAGCUGUGCAAGGCAGAGCGUAAUGGAUGUACCGCUUAAUUGCGGCUUAACGACAAAUACCGCAGGAAAUAGCAGCAGCACCCUCAGUAGGACCAUUAACGGACCAACGAUUAGCAGGCGACUGCCCGUUCGGCGCUUUCUUGACUUCUCUGAUCUGGACGCACCGUUCUAUUCCUGAGAGAGGGUAUGCAGUACACCGAUUAGGCAUAGCGUGAAGUGUACCCCGAUUUAUGUACAUACAGAAUGGCAAAUGAGAGCUCGAUAACCUGAUCAACAGAAUUCUAAAAUGAUCAUAAUUACUCGAUGUAGACGUUAAUAUAAACUCGAUAGUUUAGUUGGACCUGCGGGCCCGUAAACCUGCCCUCAAACUAGUUCAAAUGCUUCGUAAACAAUAUUCGUCUCAGCUCUGAGUAGUAAUGCUAUUAAAAGGGACAGAAUAGGAAAAAAAUUAAAAACUGACGUGAAAUAAGCUAUCGAGAGCAACAAGGUGCUCGCCUUCUACAGCCAGCUUCCCUUCGGCUAGAGAAAGCACUAGACUUUUUUGUAGACUAUUUCAACCUGUUCCUAUCUAGAAUGUAGAAAAGCAGAGGGCGACAACAGAGUAAAAGCCAUCCAUGUUUUGUAUUUUCUCUGGCCAGAAAACUUUCAGACAAUCGCCAGUGAAUAUGUCUCUUAUAUUCACUUUGCUAACAUACUCUGCUUGCACAAUCGUUAACGGACCAUAACUGUCAUGUUAAAAAUGGCUCGACAAGAAGCAACAACAGGAAGAAGGAGCGGUGUUUUUUUGUUUGCUUUUCAUGAGAAAAAGCGCUUUUCAGAUCUGGUGUUACUGCUUUAGCAAACAAGUAGUACCUUAGUUAACUUGGAUUAGAAUUCCUGGUUUGAUUGUUAGAACAAAUAUGGCAUAUGUUUUGUAAACAUUUGGAAGUCAAAUUGUCACAAUUGGAGCAGUCAUUCUAGUAUAGAUUGUCUAGAGGAUGUUCAUUCAAAUUUGAAUUAAUGAUUCGUUAAGAAUGUCAUUGAUAACAACGGGUUGAAAGAGCUGAAAGAAUUGAAAACAAGAACUGCACCAAAAGUUGUAAUAGCACGUGACGGGUGACGAUUAUAAUGUUCUGUAUGGAAGCACCAGGCGUUGACAAAUUUGCUACCGGCACACGUUGUUAACACGAAUAAACUAUUUUGAUAUUUAGAUAAACGUAAAACAAAACUGUGUAU